AUGAAUCCAGGCGAGCGUCAAUGUCGCUGUUACACCGCCUUGGUGCUGAUCGGCGCCGCGCUGGUCCUGGCGGCGGUGGCGCCGGACAGCCACCAGAGGAACGACGUGCGAUCGUUGAAGGAACUGCACCUGAAGGACAGGCCUUUGGCGACCCACUACCACCGAGUGGAUCCUAACUCCUUCUCCUACAGGAGCGAGAGAUCCGUCGGUCCUGCUAUUCCCAACGCCGAGGAAAAGCAGCAACAAGCAACGCCACCCGCAGCUUAUUCCUCAGAGGCGGAGAAGAAGGCGGCUUCGGCCAAAGACGUCGGCCUGUCCGAGGCUCCGUUAGCGGACGCCGCGCACUCGGGGGUCAAGGCAGCGAACGAGAGCGUGAUUAGUACUGCGGGAUCCGAGAGCGAGACUGAGCGCAAAGGGAGGCUCAUGGAGAAGCUCAAGGCAUGGUACAAGGGGAAGGAGUCGGAGAAGGAAGACCCCCGCGGCAUCAUCAUCAACAGCCAUCUCUCGACUGGCCACUUGGACCCUCACGGACACCAUCACCACAUUCCCGUCUACCACCAGCCUCCCUUCGUGCAGCCCAUCAUCAUCGGAACUGGCGGGGGCAGCAAGGACGAGGACCCUGUCGUCAUCACCAAACCUGUUACACACUACAUCACGGUUACUCAGCCUGUCGCUAUCACUGUCACGGAGACACAAAAACCGUCACAUGUUCUGACGCACACGACCGUAUCGACGUACAUGACCCCUUCCCACGUUUACAUCCAGGAGCCCAAAACGCUGGGGCCAGUCACCGUCACCUUGGGGUCGCACGAAGCGAACUGGGGUUGGAAUUCCUAUGGGAUGGGCGAGGCCGGCGGGAGCAUUGGCGGCGACCAUGUGGUGUACUUGGUAAAGCCCGGCCACGGCUCCGGGGUCUCGAGCUCGUCCCAGAUCGUGAUCCAGGAGGCGCCGAGCGCGGGGUCGGGGGACAAGCCGACCACGUCCGAGGUGAUGGUCAUCGAGUCCCCCGGCCACGUGCUGAACAAAGGUAUCCAGACGAUCAAGGACACUUUCAGCGGCAUCUACAACGUGGGGAAGGGAAUCAAAGACAAAUUCGACAGUCAGGUCUCAUCGCUAUUCGACAAAGACGAUCACGAGGUGAUCGUAGUCCACAAGCCUCAUACGGUCACGGUGUCUUCGUCCAAAUCCACGGUAGCUUCGUCCAAACCCUACGGUGACCCACACAGUGAUGCUGCAGUCCAAGCCCCACGUGCACGGCUACGUCAAGGGCGUUUUCGCGGGCCAAGGCCACUUCCACGUCGGCAGAACUAUGACCGUAGCGAGACCUGCAACCUAUACUACAACCAUAACAACGGCCACUGUAAACAUGCCCGGCUGUACACACUGCGGUUAAGGAGAAGAAGAAGCAGAAGAAUACAAGAAAUGAAGAAAAAGAUGGAAGCAAAAGAAGAAGAAAAGAAAAAGGAAGAAGAACAGAAGGAAAGUGAAAAAAAAAGAUUAAAAGAAGGAAAAACAAACAAAGAUUAAAAGAAAAGGGGAAAUUAUAAUAAGGAAAAUGAAACCGGAAGAAAAGGAGAAGAGAGGUCCAUGACGGGAAUUUAAACCUCACAUUUAAACCUCUUUUUGCCGUAAAGUAGAAUGGCAAUUGCUUUUUUUUUCUUCAUAUAUAUAUAUAUAAAUGCCAUAGCUCAAAGACAAGUGAAAGUCAAUUCUAAUCUUAAUUUAUUGGAAUUGGAUUAAUAUGUGAUUGUUUAGAAGUAUUAUAAGUCUUGACACACUGAAUACUCUGGUGGCAGAUAGAUAGAUAUUUUUAAAAAUCACUAUACAGAAAAUAAGUUUAUUGAAGGGUAAUCCAGUAGGACUGAUGUUUCAAUAUUGCCAUUGUUACGGUCAAAGUUAUUUUUUUCAUUGUUAAGUAAUUUUCUGUUUUGUUUCUCUGAGGUGUUUUCGUAGACAGUAUUUAUGAAGUAUUUAUGUAAGUUGUUUUUUCUCCUUCAUAAGCUAUGUGUUUUUUUUUUCUGUUUUUAGAUCGUUUAACACAAUAUUUAUGUUAAUUGUUACUUGUCUUUUCCGUUGCUUUUUUGUGGGUUGUUAUACAAAAUAUUUAUGAGAUUCAUGUUGCUGUUAUUUAUGGAAUAGAUUUAAUAAUAAUAAUAAAAAAACAAAUGUUUAACUUCC